AUGACAGAAGGAGUUCAGGGGAUGAAAUACAAAGAUGAAGAAAUUCAAGAGCUUCAAGUGACCUGGGCUCAACGCCAACGAGACCUCGCCCGCAAGCGAAAGGAGCAUGCCGCCGACGUCCUAAUGGCCAAAGAACUGGGAGAUAUCAACUCUUCAGAUUCGGAGUACCAAGAACCAAAAGAACGACGGCCACGAGAGCGUGCAGCGUCAGAACAAGGCCAUAGAAAACAUACAGAGAAUCAGAGCAUGAUCCUUAGACUCCUUGGGCUUGGAGAGCUCAACGAGUCUGAUGAAGAUGUACAAACUGCUCUACGACGGAAAGUGUUGAAGGAGAAUAUCGACUUGCAAACUUUGAACGCCAAAGAUCGAAUGCAAAUCGAAGCUCUUGAUCAAGUUUAUCAGCAAACCAGAGAGCGGAAAGCAAAAAACAAGGACCUAGCUCAAAGACCAUUUGAAGGCGAAUCUCUCGACGAUGAAGAGCUGACAAAAGGGCAGAAAGUCAUCUCAGAGCUCAAGAGAAAGAUGCGGUCUGGAAAAAGCCAGCUUACGAUGAUCUGA